UAUAGUCUGGGCUAUAAUGGCGGGUCAAGUCGGGUCAAAUAUCGACUAUUCACAGUUUACAGCUCGCAUUGAAGAUGUCUGAGCUGCAUUUUAAGCCAAGAAGAAUACCGAACCAGAAUUUGGUUUGGAGGCUGCGCCAGCGAGAGACCCAUUUUCCAAAACCUGGAACCCACUGGCAUCAAGCUAGAGCUUUCACACAAAACAUCUUUCCAAAUUUCACCAUUGUGAAUGUGGAAACACCACCGUGUUACCUGCGAAAGUUUUCACCCGAUGGGCGUUAUUUCGUUGCAUUCUCUCUAGACCAAAGUUCUGUUGAAGUGUACGAGUUUCAAGGGCCGAGUGCCGCAGAGCAAUUACUGGCGACGGAACAGUCGGACACUGUGAUAAGGAGCAGACUGUUUAGCAGUUUCUUUCGUUUAAGUUCCGUUGUAACAGUGGCGCAGAAUGGAGAGCAUUUGAACAGGGAGUGUAGUUUAUUUACAGAUGAUGGUCGGUAUGUCAUUGUUGGGUCAGCUUCUUAUGUCCCAGAGGAACCUCAUCCUUACUUCUUUGAUAUCUACAGUAACAACGAAUCAGUUUCACCAAAUCCCAGGUCUCCUCUUGAAGAUUACACAAUCCACAUUGUUGACAUGAAAACUGGAAUGUUGUCUGACUCAAGGACGUUCAAAUGUGAUAAAAUUUUCCUGUCUCACAACCAGGGAUUGUACUUGUACAGAGAUCUUCUUGCUGUUUUGUCUGUUCAACAGCAGGUAAUACACAUCUUUCAAGUGACUUCCGAUGGCAGGUUUAUUGAUGUGCGCUCUAUUGGCAGAUUCUGUUACGAGGAUGACGAAUACAUGCUGACCUGUGUCAGGAAUGUUGAUGCUAAUGGCCAGCCCAUACGACCUUACAUGGAGACCUGUCUGAAUGGACUAAAGCAUCGCAUCCUGGCUCACUUGUGGAGAUGUGCAUAUAAUGAAGGUAGUGCUUUAGCCAUGGGCAGGUUUUAUCAGCAUGUAGAACUGUUCAGAGCUCUGAGGAUGUGGAAGAUGCAGCUCUUUGAUAGCAGGAUUUUGUUGAUUAAGUAUGCGAGUGAAGAUGUUGUGACAUUAAGGGUUCCUGAUCCUAACUCACAGCCUUCAUUCUUCAUUGUGUAUGACAUGGAGACGACAAAAGUCUUGGCAGUGUUUGAAAACACUUCUGAGAAGUUGCUAGAACUGUUUGAACAAUUCUGUGACUCAUUUCGGAAUGCUAUGUUGCAUUCACCAGCACAGUUUACAUGUUCAGCUUCAAGCAACAUCUUUGCCCGGCAAAUUCAAAGACGAUUUAAACACACCAUUGUUAAUGCUAAAUAUGGAGGGUACACUGAAGCUGUGAAGAGGCUUCUUGCUCAGCUUCCAAUCAGCUCUCAGUCAUACAGCAGCAGUCCUUAUUUAGACCUGUCCUUGUUUAAAUAUGAUGACAAGUGGGUUUCUGUGAUGGAAAGGCCUAAGGCUUGUGGAGAUCAUCCAAUCAGGUUCUAUUCAAGAGAUUCAGGACUUCUCAAAUUUAAAAUACAUGCAGGAUUCUUGGGACGUCCAAUUCCACCCACAGGAAAGCGACUUGUGGCCUUCACAUUUCACCCACUUUACCCAUUUGCCAUCUCAGUGCAGAAAACUAAUGCUGAGUAUGUGGUGAAUUUCCACAUCAGGCAUCUUACAAGUGGUGUUGAGCAUACUUAAGUUAGGACUUGCCACACAUGUACACUUGCUCUUUCCCAGCAUCUACUGUAUCUAACCUUUGAAAAAUAUAACUUAUUUUUUGUGCUUUGAAUUGAUGGAGUUAGGUAGGUCUUGCAAUUUGUGUAGUUUUCACUAGUGACCGAGUCAAAGUCAGAAUCAUAGUCGGAGUCGUAAGAGCGCUUAUAACCUGGUGAAAAUUGAAAAUCAGAGUCUUAGGCGGAGUCAUAAGCUCAAUGGAAUCAGAAUCGGCACCAUCGCUUGUGAUCCAGUGAAAACUAGAUUGUCGGAGUUGGAAGCAGAAGCG